ACAGUUUCAGUAGAUCCUUUACUCAUGUCAGUAGCCGCCGAAGCCGUGGCCUGCUUGGCAGAGAAGAAGGUGACAGAACUCCGAGCAGCCCUUCUGCUGAACCAAAAGCACAUACGAAAUUGCCAGCAGCAAUCUCGCAGAGAAGCUGCCUCGCUGCUCAAAGGCGGCCUUUCUUGCCACUCUGAGCGAAAAGUUUUGGCCGUCUAUGCUUUGUCAAACUGGGAUUUGAGUUUGGCUCUGCGAGCGGCACAGCGGCUGUCCCGCGGUGAACCGCACUGUGGCAACUGGGUCAAGCUCCUCGAGAAUUUUUCGCCAGCAGACAAUGGGCCCACGCUUUCGAAAGCGUUGGGUGCGGGUGUUGAAGUCCAGAUCUGCUGUUGCAAAAAGGCAGAUGCAACCGGAGAGCAGCAGACAGUUUCAGUAGAUCCUUUACUCAUGUCAGUAGCCGCCGAAGCCGUGGCCUGCUUGGCAGAGAAGAAGGUGACAGAACUCCGAGCAGCCCUUCUGCUGAACCAAAGGCACAUACGAAAUUGCCAGCAGCAAUCUCGCAGAGAAGCUGCCUCGCUGCUCAAAGGCGGCCUUUCUUGCCACUCUGAGCGAAAAGUUUUGGCCGUCUAUGCUUUGUCAAACUGGGAUUUGAGUUUGGCUCUGCGAGCGGCACAGCGGCUGUCCCGCGGUGAACCGCAGCAGCUUGAGUUUCUGUGGCAACUGGGUCAAGCUCCUCGAGAAUUUUUCGCCAGCAGACAAUGGGCCCACGCUUUCGAAAGCGUUGGGUGCGGGCGAGAUGUGACAAAGUUGCAUUCCGCCUUGCGAAAUUUCAUGCAGAAUCCAGUGUCCUUACCGCUUCCUGCCAAACCCACUCCGGCAGAGAUGGCUCUCAUUUGGCCUAAAAGGGCCGUGCUGAAGCAGCAGCUGAAAGAAUCGACCAAAGAGAUUCGCAAGGAGGCAGGUUACAGCAUUCAUGCUUCCGAAAAGGAUGCGGUUGAGCUGCAGCAGAAAUCGAUUGCACCACGCAAAUUGACACUCACCUCCCGGAGCCUCAUCCUUAUAUCAUCGCAGCACACAAUUUUCAGCAUAUUGCCGGAUGUGGCGGCAGCUCGGCUGCUGGCGGCUGUGGCGGCUGUGGCGGCUGUGGCGCCUGCUGCUGGCUAUGGCGGCUGCUCGUGGAUGCAGCGGCUGUGGCGGCUGCUGCUGGCUGUGGCGGUUGCUCGUGGAUGCGGCGGCUGUGGUGGAUGCGGCAGCUUGGUGGAUGUGGGUGCCUACAGCGACCUCGAGCUCUACACGCAGCGGCCCCUUGGCUUGCUUGUGGUUGUGUUCGCCUGUCCCGCUCGAGGGUCGUAUCCUCUCUUAGAUUUGCCGCAGUCCCAAGUGGUCAUUUUAGAUGAUUGGAGACCUGACCAUGGAGCCUUGGAUGUCAGCAGUUUGUGGCCCACCGCAGACACUCGUGGGGGACAGAAAAAGGGCCUGAUUCGGCAGCAUGAGCCAGUGUUGUACUUGUGGCCCCUCCUUGUAUAG